AUGAUCGGACUUUUCCUUCAAGGAACGCCACAGAACCCAAAGACCUCCAAAUCCUCAGGAAUCUCUGGAUCCACACAUCCAGACCCAACAGGAACCCCAAAAGGAUCCAAGAACCAGCAGAGACCAGAGGACACCUCCCCGUUAGACAACCAGGAGCUGAAAGACGUUUGGAUCAACAUUGGAACAGAACCUUGGAGCACAGAGCAGACGCCCAACAUCAAACACCUGCUGCCCUCCGGAUCAUCACAGCUCUUUGUUCUGCUCAGAAGAUCCCAUCAGAGCAGCUGCUCUCCGUCACCCACCCAGGAGCAGCUCCUGGUUCCCGUCUCCGAGCUGUCAGUCAUUCAGGGGGCUGUCCGUCAGUCCAAUCAGCACUCAGCUGGCUCCUCCUCCUCUUCUCCAGCUCUCCCCCUCAGUCUGACUCCAACCUUCCAGCCGUUCACACCAACCAAACAGGAGCUCAGGAGCCAAUCAGACAGCCUCAGGUGUGAUCAGGUGUGGGUCGUCAUGACGAUGCUAAGCUGGGUCCAGAGGAUGAUGGGAAAACCUUCAAGUUUGACCGGUCCAAAAGGAGUCCUGAAGGAGACGAAGAGGAGUAUCUAUGGGAAACCUCCUCGGCACCAGAUUGGAGCUGCUCAAAGCUUCUUCGUCAUGUCUGUGUUCACUGCAGCCAUGUUGGCACCGGCCGCCUGGAUCCUCUAUCACCUGCCAGAGUACCGGGAGAGGGCCCGGCAAGCCCCCCGACCCUGAACCUCAUCAUCAUCAUCACCUGUAUUAUCCUUUCAUCAUUAAGUGUCUCUUAAAAUCCUUUACUCUGAAAAACAACAUUUAGAGAAUAAAAGUUUGAGAUAUUUAGUGUCUUUAAAGUUAAAUUUAUUAUGACGUCAUCAGUAUUUCCCAUGAUGUCGUUCCCCUGCAGAACUCACCUGUAGUCCUUUCAAAAUAAAAGCAUCCUGUUAUUUGGUUGUUGAAUCAGUCGGUUAUUUACAGUUUUAUU